GGGGUGCAUUCAGUUUAACAUUUGUUGAUUUUUAGUGAGAUUUUAGAUGAUUUCAAUAAGUUGCAGAGAUUUAGGUGAUUUUUGUUAAACUACUCUAGGAUAUUACCUAAAACCAUGAGAUUUGAGUUUUAAUUUUUUUAACUAAAAUUCACCCAAACACCCUAAAAUCACAUGAAAGUGUAUUCAAUUGAGAGUUUUAGGUGAUUUAUAUUAAAAUGACAAAUCCACUGUUAUUCAAACAUGAAUUUUAAAAACUCAUUUAAAAUCCAUUGUUAUUGAACUUAACAUUUCGUAGAAUACUCUAAAAUCUAUUGUUAUUGAAAAUAUUUUAAGUGGUGGAAUUUUAAAGUUUUCAGGUGAUUUUAGGGUUGUUGGGUGGAGUUUCUUAGUUAAAAAAUUAAAACCCAAAUCCCAUGGUUUUAGGUUAUAUUCUAGAGUGGUUUAAAAAAAAAUCACAUAAAUCUCUGCGACUUAUUGAAAUCAUCUAAAACUCUAUUAAAAGUCAAAUAACCUCAAAUGUUACAUUGAAUACACCCAAAUAAAACUCCACAACUUAAAAUAUUUUCAAUAACAGUGGAUUUCAGAGUACUUUAUGAAAUGUCAAAUUCAAUAGCAGUGUAUUUUAAUUGAGUUUUUAAAAUUCAUGUUUGAAUAACAGUGAAUUUGUCAUUUUAAUACAAAUCACCUAAAACUCUUACUUGAAUACACACCCUUUGUGUAUUUUGAAGGAAAAUCAUUUCCCACAAUUUUUUAUUACCGUUUUUUAAUUUUUAAAAACAAACAAAUCAAUUUUAUGAGAGAUAUAUUUUUCAGACACUACUUUUGAGUUUUGAGGGUGGUGAUAGCUACUAAGGCUCGAAUGGUAACAACGGAUUGAGCGGUGCGGGACAAGCGGUUUGACUGCGGUGCGGUUCUGACAGUUAUAAAAACGUAUAGAUAUACGGUAUAUGUAGAAAUUUUUGUUACUGUUAACUGCGGUGCGGUGCGGGACAGAUGAUACUAUUCGGACCCUAACUUAUUUUACUAAAAACAGUAUACAAGAUACUACAAAUUAUUGGAGGGAUAAAUAAACUAAUUAACCAUUAGACUUAGACCGUAGUGCUGAAAGUCUUUCAGUGAAAGAUAAAAGGGAAGUGGCUGGGCUGGACUUUUGAGGAAAAAACGAAGAAAAACAUGGCAGAGACUACAGACUCGUCAUGUGUCUAUAAGAACCCAGACGCGCCCGUGGAGGCGCGUGUGCAAGACCUUCUCUCUCGCAUGACUCUGCAGGAGAAGAUCGGCCAGAUGACUCAGAUCGAACGCUCAGUGGCUUCUCAUGAUGUCCUUACAGAUUACUUCAUCGGAAGUGUGCAGAGCGGCGCUGGGAGUUGGCCGUUCGAGGAUGCAAAAUCGUCGGACUGGGCUGAUAUGAUAGACGGUUUUCAGCGUUCUGCGUUAGCGUCGCGUCUGGGAAUCCCUAUAAUCUACGGCACAGACGCCGUCCACGGCAACAACAACGUCUACGGUGCCACCAUUUUCCCCCACAACAUUGGCCUCGGUGCCACCAGAGACGCAGAAUUGGUCAAAAGAAUUGGAGCUGUAACGGCACUUGAAGUAAGGGCUAGUGGCAUUCACUGGACGUUUGCUCCCUGCGUGGCCGUUCUGGGAGAUCCGAGGUGGGGACGAUGCUACGAGAGUUAUGGUGAAGCUGCCAAAAUAGUCUCUGAGAUGAGUUCGAUUAUCUCGGGCUUACAAGGCGAGCCACCCGAAGAACACCCUAACGGUUACCCUUUUCUUGCCGGAAGAAACAAUCUUAUCGCAUGUGCAAAACAUUUUGUUGGAGAUGGUGGCACCGAUAAGGGUCUAAGCGAAGGGAACACCAUUGCGUCGUACGAAGACUUGGAGAGAAUACAUGUUGCACCCUAUGUGAAUUGUAUUUCUCAGGGAGUAUGUACCGUUAUGGCCUCGUUUUCUAGUUGGAAUGGAAGUAGACUUCAUUCUGAUUAUUACCUCUUAACGGAAGUUCUCAAACAGAAACUCGGUUUCAAGGGAUUUUUAGUUUCAGACUGGGAUGGUUUGGAGACCAUUAGCGAGCCACAAGGUUCAGACAACCGUAAUUGUGUCAAGCUCGGGAUCAAUGCUGGAAUCGACAUGGUGAUGGUACCUUACAAGUACCAACAGUUCAUAGAAGACCUUACAGAUCUGGUUGAGUCAGGGGAAGUACAGAUGGCUCGAAUCAAUGAUGCUGUUGAAAAAAUACUCAGAGUGAAGUUUGUAGCUGGUCUCUUUGAAUAUCCUCUCACAGACAGAUCUCUGUUGCCUACUGUUGGUUGCAAGGAACAUAGAGAAGUUGCACGCGAAGCAGUUAGAAAGUCUUUAGUUCUACUAAAGAACGGUAAAAAUGAUGAUAAACCAUUUUUGCCGCUAGAUCGUACUGCCGAGAGGAUUCUAGUGGUUGGAACGCACGCAGACGAUCUUGGUAACCAGUGUGGCGGAUGGACAAAGACAAAGUCCGGUCAAAGCGGGAAGAUCACUCUCGGCACAACGCUUUUGGAUGCCAUAAAAGCUGCAGUUGGAGAUAAAACCGAAGUAAUCUACGAGAAAACUCCAUCAAAGGAAACAUUAGCCUCGUGUGAAGACUUCUCCUACGCCAUUGUUGCAUUGGGGGAACCUCCCUACGCAGAGAUGAGAGGCGAUAACUCUGAGCUCACCAUACCUUUAAAUGGCAACAACAUUGUAACUGCGGUUGCAGAGAAAAUCCCGACUCUGGUGAUCUUGUUCACAGGACGGCCUAUGGUUCUUGAGAUGCCUGUUCUUGAAAAAACUGAGGCUUUGGUCGCUGCUUGGUUCCCUGGAACCGAAGGGCAAGGAAUGGCUGAUGUCAUUUUUGGAGAUUAUGAUUUCGAAGGGAAGUUACCACUGAGCUGGUUCAAACGCGUAGACCAGUUGCCGCUAAACGUUGAUAGCAAUUUCUAUGACCCAUUGUUUCCUCUCGGUUACGGUCUCAAUUGCAAUUCCGGUUAACUGGUUUAGCUUCACUGGUCAGUUCAAUUGUCCGGUGCAAUUAAUAAUUAACUUGUGUGCAAUUUCCUGGAUAUGAAAUUUUAUAUAAAACUAGAGUUUUUAACCGCGCUACGCGCGGAUAAGAUAUUAUAUGUAUUUCUCAAUUCUAAAAAAA